GAUUCUAGAUUCCGAUCGAAAUAAAACGUUUUCGGAACGUUGAGGUUGUAUGUCUUGAUACGUCUACUGCUACAGAAUAUUCAGUUGAUCACGUAAUUCUGCUGGUAAAUUGCAGCAAGAUGCAAGGGCUCAGCUUAUCUAGCUUGAAAAAGCACCCCUCCCUGAUUCCCCUGUAUGCCUGUCUUAUUGCGGGUGUAGGUGCAGCUUGUGCUUAUACAAUUCGUUUGGCCGUGAAGAAUCCUGACGUUACAUGGAAUAGUAAAAAAAAUCCCGUGCCCCAGGAAGCCUACAAAGAUAAACAGUAUAAGUUUAUCUCUCCAGUCAGGGAUUACUCUAAAGUUAAAUGUCCUGCUCCUGAAUAUUAAAAUGUUGUAAAUAUUAGACCAUCGAUGAGGAUGUAGAAUAUGAACUACAGGAUGACCUGUAUAAUACUUACACAGUUAGUCUUAAAUAUAACCUUGUACUAAUCUAUUUAAAAACCUUUACAUUUUGUUGUUUCAAGCCCUAUAGUUUAUUAUUUGGAUUAUACCUGAUAAGAAUAAAUAGUUUCCGUAAUAUUCUUCA